CCUGAUGGGGCAAUCAGAGAAACCUCUGCCACACUUGAUUGGGUCCUUCGCUUCACUCAAAAAUUAAGAAAAGACAAAUAUUUCUUUCUCCAAGAAGAUGCAAAACCCCUGUUGAAAUCAGAGGAAAGCAAGACAUUUCUUCAUUUUGCAUUUUUCCCAAAGGAACUCUGAUGAUCUGAUUAUUUUACAAGGAGCAUUCCCACAAAGAGCCACUGGGGGAAAAUGCAAUGGAAAGUUGAAACAGAACUUAAAUCUUAAUGUACAGUGUUAGAGAAAGCAUUCCAGACUCCAGUUUUGCAGUCAAGAAAAAGCUUCAAGGACAGAUCUUGGCAGGAAAACACAGUCUACCUAGAGAGAAAACAAGAUGUCCUCGGAAGUGUUUUUAGCUAUUCUGCUCUGCACAGCUCUGAUUCCCCUCCAUGCUCAAAAUGAUGAAGACCUAAUUCCUGGAGCUUCUUCCUGUGCAGAUAAGACUGACUGCCCCAUCAGGGUGUAUUUUGUGAUUGACACAUCUGAGAGCGUUGCCCUGCAGACGAUCCCCAUUGAGAGUUUGGUGAAACUUGCCAAGAAUUUUGUUCAUGAAUUCAUCCGAAUGCUGGAGAAUGAGUUCUAUCAGGGUCAAGUGUCCAUGACUUGGCAAUACGGGGGACUCCACUUUUCCGAUGUGGUGAAAAUCUACAGUACUUUCACCAAUGACAAGAAUGCAUACCUCAAGAAGUUGGAUGAUAUUCAGUACAUCGGCCGAGGCACAUUCACAGACUGUGCCCUCUCUAACAUGACCGCACAGAUACUUUCCAACACAGCCCCAGGGGUGAAUUAUGCGGUUGUGAUCACUGAUGGCCACGUGACAGGAAGCCCCUGUGGAGGGAUGAAGCUGCAAGCUGAAAGAGCACGAGAUGCAGGAAUCAAGCUCUUUGCGGUGGCCCCCAGCAGAAACAUCUAUGAACAAGGGCUCCGAGAGAUUGCCAGCUCCCCACUUGAACUUUACCGUAACAACUAUACCACCACACAGAAAGAUGGUAUUGAUGUAGAUACCAGCACUGCUAAGAGGAUCAUCCAAGUUAUGAAACAUGAAGCCUUUGCCGAGUGCUAUAAAAUGAGCUGCCUAGAAAUUGAAGGCCCAUCUGGUCCAAAGGGCUUUCGAGGACAAAAGGGUGCAAAGGGUAACAUGGGAGCCCCAGGAACUCCUGGGCUGAAAGGACGGCAGGGAGAUCCAGGAAUUGAAGGUCCAAUUGGAUAUCCUGGUCCCAAGGGUAUUCGUGGUCUAAAAGGAGAAAAGGGAGAGUUUGGAGGAGAUGGAAGGAAGGGAUCUUCUGGCUUGGCUGGAAGGAAUGGUACUGAUGGACAGAAGGGUAAACUGGGACGUAUUGGACCUCCUGGCUGCAAAGGUGAUCCAGGCGACAGGGGUUCUGAUGGCUAUCCUGGAGCUCCUGGAGAUCAAGGACUACCAGGGGAUGAAGGGAUAAAGGGUGAUCCUGGCCGACCUGGCCGCAGUGGACAACCUGGGCUGCCUGGAGAUAACGGAGCCAGGGGACCAAAAGGUGUUAAUGGAACUCUUGGCACUCCUGGAAUCAAGGGAGGCAAAGGAAGCCCUGGAUCUCCUGGACCCAAAGGAGAGCCUGGUCGUCGUGGUGAUCCUGGAACACAGGGGGGCGCUGGUACUCCUGGAUCCAAGGGGGAAAAAGGAGAUCCUGGCUCUGAAGGACAAAGAGGACUACCAGGAGAAGUUGGAAACAAAGGAGGACAGGGAGAGCGAGGAUUGCCUGGCCCAAGGGGUUCCCAAGGUGGUGUGGGAGAACCAGGAAAAACUGGCUCACGGGGAGAUCCUGGUGAUACAGGUGUAAGGGGUGACCCAGGACCUUCAGGACCAAAGGGUGAUCGAGGAAGACCUGGCUUUAACUACCCUGGUCCCAGAGGACUGCUGGGUGAGAAAGGGGAGAAGGGGGUCCAAGGACCAGAGGGUACACGAGGUGACUUUGGACCAAAAGGCCCUCCGGGAUCGAAAGGAGUAAAAGGUGAACCUGCUGAUCCUGGCCCACCAGGUGAACCUGGACGCAGAGGACCACCAGGCCCAGCAGGCCCUGAGGGUGACCCGGGCCCUGGUGGAGAUCCUGGACUAACUGACUGUGAUGUGAUGACCUACAUCAGAGAGACUUGUGGCUGUUGUGACUGUGAAAAGCGAUGUGGCCCCUUGGACAUAGUCUUCAUUAUCGACAGUUCAGAGAGUAUUGGCUACACCAAUUUCUCCUUGGAGAAGAACUUUGUCAUCAAUGUGGUGAGCAGGCUUGGUUCUAUUGCCAAGGAUCCAAAAUCCGAGACAGGUGCCCGUGUUGGGGUGGUGCAGUAUAGCCAUGAAGGGACUUUUGAAGCCAUCCAGCUGAAUGACAAGCGCAUUGACUCCCUCUCCAGUUUCAAAGAGGCAGUGAAGAAGUUGGAGUGGAUUGCAGGAGGCACCUGGACCCUCUCUGCACUUCAGUUUGCCUACAAUACACUCAUCAAACAAAGCCAGAGAGAAAAAGCUCGAGUGUUUGCUGUGGUGGUGACUGAUGGGCGGCAUGAUCCUCGAGAUAAUGACUCCCACUUGCAGACGCUCUGCGUUGGUGGCGUGACUGUCAAUGCCAUUGGGAUUGGAGACAUGUUCAACAUGCCAGAAGAAGAUGAGACCCUGCGCUCAAUAGCCUGUGAUAAGAAGGAGAACGUCCAGAAAAUGAAGUUGUUUACAGAGUUGGUUGCAGAAGAGUUCAUUGAUAAAAUGGAGCUUGAACUCUGCCCAGAUCCUCAGAUUGUCUGCCCUGAUCUGCCCUGCCAAACAGAUGGGAGGAACCCUGGGAUCGAAAACCCAGUUAUUUUCCGCCCUAUGGAAGAGGGAGUCAAGAUAACUUUUCCCAGCACCAAACCUAUGAUCGCCCAGUUCCUGAACUCCACGAGGGAGAUCCAGGACUCCAACAUGUACACCCAGCUGGUGGCCACCUUGGCCUAUACUGCCGAAAAAGCCAAGUUUGCCACUGGACAGGAGCGGCAGGAGUGGAUGGACUUGUUCAUUGAUACCUUUAAAAUGGUGCACAGUGAGAUUGUGGGUGAUCCAGAGACUGUAAUAGCCCUUUGCUGAAACCGUGCUACUGCUGCUGAAAAUAAGACUUGCUCCUGCCUGCAAAGCAUAUAGCUUGUCAGAACAGUCACUUUAGUUGUAGAAAUCUUACUGGAACGCUCAUCAGUGCUAGGAGGCUGCUCUCAAAGAAGCUUCUAGAUUAGGAAAAUCCUGAAAUGUCUGCCUCAAGGGCUCCUGAGGCUUAUACUCAGCUUUGCUUCCAAGCCGAUGCAGUGGCCCUUGGCAGAGGAGAAUCCUAGCCAGUAUGCUUCCAGAGAACACAGGCACUGAAUGUUAAUACUAGAGCUGCCCAAGUCCCUUCCCUAGACAUCAGGCUGAGCUGAUGAAAUUGCACAUCUUCCCCAACCUAGUGCACUCCAACUGUUUAAGAGCCCAAACCCUAAUAUGUCUUGUCAGUGGUCCCAAGGUUGUCGAAAGAAAUCUAAGGGAGAAUACACUAUCCUUGUUUUUUCUGGAAAAGUGUAGACGACAGCCAUAUGAUAGCAUGUAAAAGCCUAUCACAUGCUGGCUCUAACUGCAUGGCAGUUCUAGUCUUUCAUCAUCCCAUAAGCUAAGAAACUCCUUGGCACAUACUUAGAGGUGACUGUUUCUCCGCAGUUACCGUUGCCACAGGAAACAUGUCUGGGUGCUCUGCUGUAGUCUGUUUCUGUCCUGAAUUGAGAGCAUUGCCAGCAUAUGUGUUUGGCAGAAAUUAGCUUUUAUUAAUAUAUUGUUAGCUAUGUGUGUUCAUUUAGCUAUGGACUAGCUAUAAAUUGAUCUCUUUGUCUGUCUUUUUAAUUGCAAUAGCUUUUCUAGCUAAUGCAUGGAAACAACAAUCCCCAAGAAAUGUUUACUUUCUUCAAUUCUAAAGGUAAAGGACCCAAAUGGAAGUGUUUUAAACACAUAAUCCAUACAUUCCAAAGGCUUUUCUUUUUUUUUUUCAGGGAAGCCCUGCCCAAAUAAUUUAUUUUCUGUGUGUCUUCACCAUAAGUCCCCCUGCUUUUGCUUCCCUUAAAAAUAAGCCUUUGACUCUAGCUUCCCAAAUCAAUUGCCCACCUCUAGUGCAAGGGCCUCGCUUCGCUAAGACUUGUACUCUCUGUGUUUGGUCUUGUUCUUCUGUUUUGUUUGUUUCAUACAUGGGGAUUUUCAAAUUUUGUACAUUUUUGUUUUCUAACCUAGAUAGUAAUAUCCAUAGAACCAGGGGGAAAUUGUUGAUGGAAGCCAAUAACCCAGCAAGUGGACAGUUAUAGAGAAAGAGUAAAAUAUUUAAUGCAAAAGGAACAUUUUUCUCCUUGUGAUCAUUAUUUCCAUGUUCGGCCAACUUUUUGUGAGCUGAGAUCUAUAUAAAAUCCAUCGAGAGUUUACAAUCAGAUCUAGAUAUGCUGUACAAUGCUAGCAAGAGAAUUAAGCUAUGCUUCUGUGUAAUAUUAUAUUUGCAGAUGUAUGUGAUGUAACAGAGGAGGUAUGGGGAUGUUAAACCAUUCUCUACAAAGAAAUAUCAGAUUUGUAAUACUUCUGCUGUGGAGGCUGGGGCAGUUGCACACCCAUCAGCCUACAUUUUUAAAAAUCUUGGCCUUAGACACUUAACCAAUCCAGUAUUAGGAUUUUCAUCUUGUUUCAUCAUUGUUAGGCCUGGACCAGUGAAAAAGAGUCAGGGUGCUUCUAAAAAUAUUGACAUUUUCUCCAAGCAUUGAUUUGUUUUAUUAUUUUUAGUAAACAAAUGAUAAGAAGCAGUAAGAACUAGAUGGUCGGCAAAGGAUCCACUCAGGCAACUGGGUUUCACCUGGUCCUUGCCAUUUGUAACUGCAAGAUUCCAUAUUGGCUGUCUGAUUCUAGCACAGCAAACCGAGGUCCAGCCUUGUGCAGGUUUCCCUUCUUCAGUUUCAGCUACAUGGAGAUAAACAGAGGAGUACAGUAAGACAGAAGUCACACCAAUUUUACCCUACAAAAAGACCUUCCUUUCCUUUAAGCUUUAAGGUGUCUGUCCAUAUCACUGGCGCAGGUCUUGUGCCUAGACCAACUCAGAGUACAUGCCAAUACAGAUUCUGUAUUUAUGAUUUCUGAGGUUUGCAGGACUAUGUAGCCUUGAGCUCUGAAUAUACAUGGACGCACCCAUAAGACUGGAAUCUUAGGGAAGACUUUUAAAAAGGCUUCUUCCCACACUAGCAAAAAAUGGACCUGCUUGUGUGACUCCACUCUAAGCUUUGAGCACAUAUGUUGUAUAUCAUUUAUAUUGGACAGAAUGCUGUAGUCAUAUAAAAGACAGAGCUGGCAGUGUAUCCCAUACCCUGAAUUGUAUAAUAUACAUGAAUGAAAUAGUAUUCCGAUUAAAGCUUUGAUGUAAAGAGA